GGGUGACAGAUAGUCAAUAGUAUACUGUUUAAACGUGAGCUUCUUAAAUAAGACAACAUAUUAUCAUUAUAAUCUUUUGGCAUUACAGCGGUGCUAAACAAAAGUUAUUAAAAUUAAAUAAAUUAAUAUGAUACCUCUUACAAGGCUCUCUAUAUCACAGUGGGACUUUUAAACAUCCUCAAUGCAAAUAGACGUGCAGUCGAAAAAAUACAUUCAUCGAAACAUGUAUAAGGUCUUGCUGCUGACAAUCUUGAUGUUAAAAAGCAUUGUGGCUGUGCCGACAUCGAGACAGCAAGUUAAAGAAGACGAAACUGACUUGGACUUGCCGAUUGGUGAUGCUCGCAAAUGUCAAACUGUGAAAAAUGUGGACGUUGAACGAUUUGGGGUGUUACCAGGUGUAGGUUGGGACAAUCUUCGUAAUCUAGAAGCUGGACUUGUGGUCACCUAUAAAUAUACAGAAUGUAAAGAAACUGAUGAUGGAGUCUACCUUAUACCCGACAAUGUAUUUACUAUUCCGAUCAAGAACAGCAAAGUUCAAAGAUUUGCUGAAAUUAUUGAAAGCUGGAACAGCGCUUCUUCACUAACUGCCAAUAGUAUAAACAUAGGUGCGGGGGUGUCCCUUCGUAAAUAUGCAAUCAGUGGAAUGUUCUCAAGGGAACACGAAGAGUUAAAGACUAAGCAAAUUGAAGAGAAAUCUAGUACUGUCAGAGUUCAACUGAGAUAUCCAAGAUAUGAAGCUAAACUUCAACCAGACGCAGAGUUAAGUCCUCAAUUUAAAAAUCGACUACUAAGCAUAGCCGUCAAGAUUGAGCUAAAUCAGACUAGUCAAGCAGAGUAUGAGGCGCAACUCCUGGUGCGAGAUUUCGGUACCCAUGUACUGACCAGCGUUACUGCCGGCGCUGCUUUGGUGAAAGAAGAUUACCUCAGCAAUGAUAAAAUGUCUAGCUCUAAAGCAACGAAAAAGUCAUACCUAGCUGCCGCCAGUGCAUCUUUUUUAACUAUAUUCCAAAUAAGUUCAUCUUUUGGCAUUUCAUCCGAACAAAGUCAAAAAGACGCAUACAGCAGCGCCACGACUCACUCAGUGAUAAAAACUAUUGGAGGUCCACUGUACGAUCCAGAAUCAUCGAAUCUGAGUGCCUGGGUUCGAGUAAUAGAGAAAAAUUUAGUUCCAUUGGACAGGUCUGGAGAACUGUUAAGCGCCCUAGUGAAGCAGCAAUUAUUGCCAGAGCUACCUUUAUCGACAAUUGAUGCAUUGGAAAAGACUUAUUUCACUGUUAUACAGACAUCAAUAGAUUCGUACUAUGAGAUGAAUACCUACAGAGGAUGUACUAAGCUUGAUGACCCAAAUUUUAGUGCUGUAGCGAAUGUUGAGGAUGGAUCGUGUGGUACUAAAAAUGAUCCCUUGAAAUUCGGUGGUGUCUACCAGACGUGUACUGUGCAUGGGACUACUUUAUAUCGCAACCCUUGUGAUGGCUUACGUCAUGUCAAUCCAAAGACCGGAACUUAUUCCUGUCCUCCUUCCUACACGGCCGUUUUCAUUCAGACGUUUUAUAAGAGAGUCAAAGAGAUAAAGUCAAAUUGCAGAGGGUGUGGGUUUCUAUGGUUGUCUACAUGUUGUGAUACUAAGUACAUUGAGUCUACUGCUGUAUACUCGGCCUAUUGGUGUGCAGCGACAGUUUCUACCAAGGAUAACUCUGGCUAUUUUUUCGGUGGAUUCUACACAUCAACACAAGACAACCCUCUCACUGGAUCUACUACAUGCCCGUCUGGUUUCUAUCCAAGACGUAUUUUAACGGACAUGAGUUUGUGUUUAAGUGAUGCCCCUAAAGAAAGAGCGAUACCUUUCGGAGGAUUUUUUUCUUGCAAAUCAGGAAAUCCACUUGCAGUGCUUGAGGCUAAAAGCAGUCUGGAAAAAAGCGAUGACAGUAGUACGUCCUACCCGAUGAGAUGUCCUGAAAAAUUUAAUCAACAUUUGGCUACAAUUGAUUCAGAUUGCUCAAUAUAUUACUGUGCAAUUACUCGAACCCUGACGAAUUCAACUAUCACUCCUAUCAGAAGACCACCAUUUAAGUCGAAGCCUGAUGCCACAUAUACUUAUGACGAGAAAUAUAUGUUUAAUCCGGAAACUUUGAUGUGGAUGAAGAAUGAAAAGGCCAGUGAAUUUGAGAAACAAUAUUCAAAUGAAGCUAACGCCUCAAAAGACACGUCAGCUGUGACUUUAACUUUCACGUGCCUUUUAGUAACAGCAUCGCUACUCUAGGAAUAUAGACAGUGAAAACAUAAUUUAGGGACUAUUUUACGAACUUUAGACUACUUUUGUCCAAAAUAAUGAUAAGAUAAUUAAAGGCUGUCAAAUAUAUAUCCUACCACGUUUGAAAUUUUCACUGUAUAUAUAAUAUAACACACUGAGCACAUUGAAACAUAACAUGACAUGAAUGGACAUGAAUUAAACUAUUUACCACAAUCUGCAA